CGGCGUGCUCGCUUCGACGCCAUUUUCUUUCGGCCACAAAUAGGAAGGUUGAAACAGCCCCAAGGAGAGCAUUCCAAGCAGGAGCUCUACCCGUUGCUGCGGCUGCUCUUGAAAAUCUUCCUUUUUUUGUUACCUGCUGAGAACGAUCCCCCUUUUGAUACGUUGAGUGGAGGCAUUUCAUUUCUCUCCCUCCCCCAUUUCCUCUCUCAAAAUGACGCUAAAUCCCCAGUUUCAACAGAUCGGCGAGAGUUUCGUCAAGCAGUACUACUUAAUCUUUGAUGGAGAUAGAGAAGGAAGGGAGAAAUUGGUGAACUUUUAUCACGGAGAAUUGUCGUUAAUGUCCUUUGAAGGAGUACAAGUACAAGGUGCUGCUCAGAUUAUAGAAAAAAUUAAGGGUUUGAGCUUCAACAAAAUUGCGAGAGCAAUCACCACAGUGGACUGUCAACCAACCUUUGAUGGGGGUGUUAUGGUCAACAUUCUAGGACAACUAAAGAUGGAUGAAGACCCAGUGCAUGGAUUCUCGCAAACAUUCGUUCUCAAGCCCAUGAACGACUCUUUCUUCAUCCAGCACGAUUCUUUCCGCCUGGUCAUCCACAAUCAAUAAGCCAUCAUAUAAUAAUAAUAUUGUCAGCCACUGUCCAAUCUCUGACAAGUCUCCCCAAAAAGCCUUGUCAGCCAUAGUCUGUUGGUAAAAAUUUUAAUGUGCUAUUUGCAGUUAUGUGCAUUUUAUGACAUUGUCAGGGAUUUGUUUCUUCAUGUUUUUGAAUGAAAUGAUUAUUAUUUUUAGUUCUUAGAGGGUUGCUUCCCAGGCAGUAAUAAUGGAAAGAAAAUGUCAUAUUCCUUAAUUUUUCAAUGUAAUUGGUUUGGUUAGAAAGUAAAUGAAGUUCCUUUGUACUGAACCUCUUUCAGCUAUUAUUAGAUGUUGGAAAUGCAAUACUCCUAAGUUUAAAAGGAUUCAUUAUAAUCAAUGCUGCUAUAACUUUCUUGAUUUGAAAAAAGAUCAAUAAAAAACAAAAAAACUAAUGCAUAUGGCAUGCUAAGAAUUUUUGAUGUCAGGAAAUCACAUAUUGUGAGUGUUUAAGCCCCAUGUGAAGUUUACGCUUAAGUAGUGUCCCUUAUCGGGAUUACUCAUUGCUUUGUUGUAAGGUGCAGAAGCGAUUCAUGAAAACAGCAGAUGUUUUGAUAGCAUUUUUUUUUCAUUAUCCCCCUUUUACACUGCGAACAUCCGUGCUUUUUACCUAUGUUGAAGUUCCUCAUGAUGAUUGUUAUAGCAAGGAUGGUGUUGCAACCAUAGUGGAAGAACAGCUGAUAUUCAGUCUUGCUGCUGCACUGUCUUGCCAAGAAAAAAAAAGGUUAUUGUCGUGGGUCCUUUGUUUUUUCCUUCCCCAUUUCUUUAAUGAUAUACUAAGUAUUUACAUGGAUGUAAGUCUUGACAACUGAUGUGAUAAGGUUCACGGUGAUAGGUGAUUUUUGCCAGAGAAUAUACAUGUGUAAGUGCAAGUUAUUCUUCUUUAAUAGCUCAACUUACUUCUGUAUUAGAAUAUAGUCUUAAAGGAGGAAUGUACUGUGAAGAGCUUAACCAGGUUUGAUGAACUGAACUUUUACAUGACUUUAUGUCCCCGAGGUCUGGCCAGUUGAACCAAAGGGAAAUAAGGCCUUUUUUUUUCAUUUUCUUUCUUCUCUUUCUCUGGUCAGAUUUUUGCAAAAAAGAUCAACAUGUGUUUGAUUAAAAGAUAUUCUUACA